AUGUCUCUGUCUGGCAAAGUCGUCCUCAUCACCGGCUCCUCCAAGGGAAUCGGCAAAGCCGCCGCCCUUCGCGUCGCUAUCGAGGGUGCCAACGUCGUAAUUAAUUAUCUUCGCGACCCGGCUGCAGCCAACACUCUUGUCGACCAAAUCGGCGCCGACCGCGCCCUUGCUGUCCAAGCCGAUGCCUCAAAGAUGGCCGACCUCGAUCGCCUCGUCGAUGCUGCAGUAGCAAGAUUUGGCAAGAUCGAUGUCCUAAUUCCAAACGCCGGAAUCCUUCCACUUAGAGACUUGGAGCAUACCACUGAAGAGGACUUUGACCGAACCUACAAUCUGAUGGUAAAGGGACCAUACUUCCUGGCCCAGAAAGCCGUUAGGCAUAUGCCCUCUGGCGGACGAAUCAUCUUUGUCUCCACCUCAACCGCUCGGUUCGCAAGUGUUGCCCCCGCAUACCUACUCUACACCUCCUCCAAAGGCGCGAUCGAGCAGAUGACCCGCAUCAUGGCUAAGGAUUUGGCGCGAAGGGGCAUCUUGGUGAAUGCGGUUGCUCCCGGUCCAACAUCAACCGAGCUCUUCCUCGAGGGAAAGCCGGAGCAAAUGAUCAAGGCUAUCUCUGGGUUUAGUCCUUUCAAUCGGAUUGGCGAGCCCGAGGAAAUUGCAGCAGUUAUGGCGUUUUUGUCGGGGAAGGACAGCAGUUGGAUCUCAGGCCAGGUUGUGGCUGUGAAUGGAGCUAUGGCAUGA